CUACCACAUCUCAUCCGAUCCUCUGUACUGCCACCACGCCCGACCUGGAAGCUGGACUGGAAAACCAAGAGGUAAGCUCACUUCUCUACAGCACUAGCAAUGGAGAUGGACGGCAUUUAUACUGGGCUGCAGAAUACCUCGGAGGAUGUCUACUCCACAGUAAACCAGCCCCAGGGCAAGAGAGCAGGUGCACAACAGGAUGACCCCACCCCGCCUGUGAGUGCUGCUGGCAAAGCCUCUUUAUACAGACAGCCUGCACUGGUCCUCAUCAUCCUGUGCUGUCUCUUACUGGCUGCCAUCAUCUCCCUCGCUGUCUAUCAUUUCAGAACUAAAGAAGACCCUGAGAAAUACACCAGCCUGUUCGCAAAUUAUUCAUCAAUACUGAAUCAGCUCCAGGACUUGAGCAGUGACUACAGCAACCUCAACAAGCAUCAUUCUGAGCUGCAGAGUAACUAUAGCAGGCUCUUACAAAAUGAAAACAGACUCCAAAAAGACAAUUCUGAAUUGAAAAAAAGCAAUACUGAGCUUUCUGUCAAAUCAUCAAUCUUGGAUAAAUACUGUCCUCUCAAAGAAGGCUCUUCAAAGGAGCGGGUUUGUAAAGCCUGUCCAGAGAACUGGGUGGAGUCCAAUAGAAAGUGCUACUACUUCUCAACUGAUAGAAUGGACUGGCACUCCAGCCAGGCCAGCUGUGUGUCAAUGGGAGCCGACCUGGUGAUUAUAGAGAGCGAGGCAGAGCAGAGAUUCUUAUUGAAUGAAGCUAAAGCCCAUCCAUGGAAUCGCUACUGGAUUGGCCUGACUGAUGCUGUUACUGAAGGAGCCUGGCUCUGGGUGGACGGCACUCCUCUCAAUGACAAGGCAAAAUACUGGUACCGUAAUGAGCCUGAUGACUGGAAGGGAGAUGAGGACUCGUCCGGGCAGGAUUGUGCAGACCUUAUGUCCGUGCCAGAUCCCCUCAAAGCCUGGUUUGAUCAAUCGUGCACACAGCAACCCAAUAGAUGGAUUUGUGAAACCAUGGCAGUGAUAAUCAAUAUAUAAAACCAAUGUGGGUCUGUUUCACUUUAUCUCUUUAUUUAGAAAGCAAACACGCUACAAAAUGAAUCCCACAAGUUACAUUUCAGUUUAUAAACUAUGGUAUCCAAGUAUUUGUAUGAAAUAUAUAAAAAAUACACAUAAAAAAAAUCAAACCAUAGCUUUUAUAGUUUGUUGAUUCAAAUGGCACUUUGAUAUAUAUAUAUAUAUAAAUUCCCCUGACGUUUGCAAUCAUUUAUAAAAACAGAUAUAGAGAACAAAAUUUGGGGAUGCACGAUCAUUUUUAAUGACAUACAAUAAUUUUGAGGCUCCAAUAUGAUAUCUUCAUUUUUUAGGUCUGGCAACACUGUUAGGGAACACUUUGCGCGGAGGGGAUGGGAUGGGAAUGCAGAGUUAGGGUCAGUGUUGCCAGAUCUGAAAAAUGAAAAUAUCAUAUUGGAGCCUCAAUUACAUUAUUUCAUGAAAAAUUAUCUUACAUGCCCCAAAUUUAAGAACAAGCAAAUGUAAACUUUUUUUUUUUGGCCUUAAUUGGAUCAUAUUGCUGUAAAUAGCUGUUAACCUUGAGUUUAUGUAUGAAAAAUGAAUAUGUGCAAAGUGAAGAAUGUAUUACUCAUAUUUGUAUAAUGCCAAAUGUAGUUAGUUAGAAUUAUUGUGGAGUAGUCUAAAUGUAGUAUUUUAAGAUCUAUAUGAUAUAAAUAUAGGCUAUACAUAAUAGGAAAGAAAAUUAUACUAAAUGGGCUUCAACAUGUUUACAGCCUAAAUCACAGACAACAUGCCCCACAUGUCGACCUGUUCCUAUCCAAAUUUAAAUAACUUUAGCAUAACAGAGGCAGAAGUGUUAAAGGGACUAGGAGCUCUUGAAAUAAACAAAUCCCCUGGGCCGGAUGAGAUCGUCCAAUAGUACUCAAAGAAAUGAAAGAAGUCAUUUACAAACCGCUAGUCAGCAUAAAGGGAGAUCGUGUCUAACUAACCUGCUUGACUUUUUUGAGGAUGCAACAUUGACAAUGGAUAAUUGCAAAGCAUACGACAUGGUUUAUUUAAAAAACGCUAACUAAGAUCAUGCAACAGUCUCAUGAGACAGCGGUUGUACCGACAGACUGGAGAAUUGCAAACAUAAUAAUGAUCAAUAAUUAUUUGUAAUGAAGUAUAACUACCAUAGCUAUAAAAAGGUUCUAUAUCUAUGAUAACUACUAAUAGGGCAGCAGUGUGGAGUAGUAGUUAGGGCUCUGGACUCCUGACCGGAGGAUUGUGGGUUCAAACCCAGGUGGGGAACACUGCAGCUGUACCCUUGAGCAAGGUACUCUACCUAGAUUGCCACAUUUUUAUAGUUCAAGAAAACUCCAUAUCCCAUAUGGCACUGCGCUGGUCACGUUAAGGUCAUAAACGCAUUAGCUGCUGUUUACAGUUAAACAGCGAUCAUGAGCAAAUUAAAAAAAAAUUUAAAAAAGUUUAAUCAAACUUGAUGUAGUCAAAUGCUGGCGAUGCAAAUAAUGUAGUGCCAGCUAGCAGUACAACUGUUGAGACUUAAACCGACAGCACAGAGCCACAUGCGAAUGCAACUUAUUGCAAUUAUACAGUAGUAUGCAAAAAGCCUGUUGAGUACACGCGGCUGUAAAGUAAGUGCAUUAUUAAAUGUGAAAAGAAAACGUUCAUGGUAAGCUUGUCUUCUAUCAUUAUUUACACUGUGCUCUGCUUUGCAUGUUAACUUUAUUUCCUGAUAUGUGUGGUUUACAUACAAAGCUUAACAUGACCAUUGGAAUAGUCCAGUCAAUUAUAUGUUUUUAUACUAAUAUUGCAAAUCAGUUUUUACAGCAGUUCUUUGAUGCAUUUGUAAAGUAUUGUUCCCUUCAACUUUUUGUUUUAUUAUUAUUACUCCACAUCGUUGCACAGACUCCACAUAAGUAAACAGAAAAUUCAAACACACUCGCUAUUAAUGAGAAGUCUAUGUAUAAGUGUAAAAUAUAUUUCAAAUGUGAUCAUACUUGGAAAUGUUUGCUUUAAUAAUAGAACAUGUUGCAAAUACUAAGAUGGUCUGCAAACCUAAAACUUACACAGAGAAACCUACAAUGGAAAUAAGGAUGUACUUUCCAUAUUAU